AAAUUCCAAUCGCGGACCUCGACACGCUUACCAAACUUUUCUCUCUCCUUCGACAGCCCGCGCAAUCAGGCCAGCUUGGCCUCACCAGGAUAUGAGCACUGCUGCAGCCGGCCUCCAGCCCUGCCACACCUGAGCGCCUUUUCGCACCCGCCCUGAUCUCUCAUUCUUGAGCAGUCUCUCGACGGCACGCGCGCGAUUGCACACUCUCGAACUUGACCUGCUGGACUCUCCGUCGCCACAUGCUCGACUGAGCAGUCUUCGCCAACAUGUCUGACCUUGUCGCGUACUACAUGUCCGCGCCGCCGGUUGCAAGGACAAUCGCAACGGCUGUGUUCGUUAGCUCCGUAGGCAUCUACACCGGCCUGCUUCCCAGCUACCACUUCUUCUUCCACCCGUCGCUCUUCUUUAAGCUUCUUCCGGAAGUCCACCGCGUCGUAACAUCCUUCCUCCUCACGGGUCCGCAGAUGGCUGUCCUGUUCGACACAUACUUUGUUUUCAAAUACCUGAGCCAGCUGGAAACUGGAUCGAGGUUCUCCAGAAAGGAGGACAUGAUCUGGUACCUCAUGGUCGUGGGAAGCGUAAUCAUUUUCUUGAACACCGUCUUGACGGGCGCCAUGGUGUACUUGCAGGCGCUUCUCAUCGCCUUGUGCUAUACCGCGAACUCGGAUCUGCGAGGCGCCACCGCGCACUUCUACAUCAUCACGAUUCCCGCCCAGAUGAUGCCAUAUUGUCUCUUGCUGGUGCAACUAUUGUUCCCCAACGGCUUCGAGAACCUCAAGGUCGGGCUGACUGGUCUCGUUGCUGCUCAUCUACAUGACUUUUUGACUCGCAUCUAUCCGGAGUUUGGCAACGGGCCAAACCUGAUUCCGACUCCGGCCUUCAUGUCUUACAUAAUGAGCACGCCGAGAAUCGAGAAUACGGGCUUUGGUACUGCGUUCAGACCCAAGUCCAACGCGGCGGGUAGUGGCAGUGGUCCUCUGCCAGACUCGUGGAGAAGCAAGGGGCCCGGACGCCGGCUCGGAUGAACUAGGGCCCAGAGCCAAAUAAUACAAGCGAAUUCUUACAUGCCACAAUAAUAUUAUGCAUGGUGCCGACAACUUGGCUUUAACUUGGUGAACUGGUGCAUGGUUAUCCCCGACGUAGGUUUUGCACCGAUUGAAGCAGCGUUCGCAUCAUUCCGAUGCAUGCGUACCUUACUUGAUACCUGGCUGUCCGGCGUUUGGGC